GGAGAUACCUUGAUCAUGAAGGAGGUUUUUCCAAGAAUAUUGCCCACAAUGAAUGUUCAACCUAUGGUUGUCACUCAGCCACAGACGGUGAUGGUGGUCCAGCCCCAAGCAAACCAUUGGCAAACGGACUUAUGUGACUGCUGUAGCGAGUGUGACAUUUGUCUCUGUGGAUUGUUCUGCUUCCCUUGUUUGGCAUGCCAAGUUGCUGCAAAUAUGGAUGAAUGUUGUUGUUGCGGAGCAUCUGUGACCAUGCGGGCUGUGUACAGGACAAAAUACAAUAUCCCUGGAUCCAUCUGUGGGGAUACCUGCAUUGUGGGGUGUUUCCCCACUUGUUCUCUCUGCCAAAUCCAGAGAGAUAUCAGAAGAAGAAAACAAAUGGGGAUAUUCUAGAAGACUUCACCCUAAGCUCCUUUGGACCUUUAUAUUUGUCCUUUUUUAAAUUAGAAUUUUGAGAAAUAAGAAAUAAGUAGUUUGUAGGGAGAACCAUUAUUUAGAGGCACCCUUUCUUUAUAAUUCUAAGCAUAUUCUUAACCCAGAAAUUAAAUUUUAGUACUAAUUCAGAGCUCAAAA